GCGCCGCGUUUCUGUAUUGUGACGUCAUGACGCCGCGGGUCCCCUCCCGCUAUAAAUGCAGCGUCCCGGAGGCCGAGAGGGGGCAGUUGCGGGAGCGUCGGGAAGGAGCAGGACGUGGAGAGAGGAGAAGAGGUUCCAAAUUUCUAAGCGGGUGGAGGAGGAGGAGGGACCUUGAGGGGAAAUGGCUCGUACCAAGCAGACCGCCCGCAAGUCCACCGGAGGCAAAGCUCCACGUAAACAGCUGGCCACCAAAGCAGCCAGGAAGAGUGCUCCCUCUACUGGAGGAGUCAAGAAACCUCAUCGUUACAGGCCUGGUACUGUAGCGCUGCGUGAGAUUCGGCGUUAUCAAAAGUCCACUGAGCUUUUGAUCCGCAAGCUUCCCUUCCAGAGGCUGGUAAGGGAGAUUGCCCAGGAUUUUAAGACGGACUUGAGGUUCCAGAGUGCAGCGAUCGGUGCCCUGCAGGAGGCCAGUGAAGCAUAUCUGGUGGGCCUCUUUGAAGACACAAAUCUGUGUGCCAUCCAUGCCAAGAGAGUCACCAUCAUGCCCAAAGAUAUCCAGUUGGCUCGUAGGAUACGGGGGGAGAGGGCUUGAGCGGAGGCAGUUUUUAUGGUGUUUUGUAGUAAAUUCUGUAAAAUACUUUGGUUUCGAUUCGUGACUUUUUUUUUGUAUGAAAUUGUUUAUAAUAUGUUACAUUUGUACUUAAGUCAUUCCAUCUUUCACUCAGGAUGAAUGCUAAAAGUGACUGUUCACAUAAAACUCAGUGAUGUGAGCCUUGUUGCUCAACAGUGACAAGUUGCUAAUAUGCAGAAGGGAUGGGUGAUCUUUCUUGCUUUCCAUGCAUGUUUCUGUAUGUUAAUGACUUGUUGGGUAGCUAAAAUUGUAAGGUACUAGAAUUGAUAUAAAUGUGUACAGGGUCCUUUUGCAAUAAAACUGGUUAUAACUUGAUCCAAGUGUUUAACAAUUGGGGCUGUUAAGUCUGACCAUACACCACUGUGAUAGAAUGGACUUUCAGAAGGGUAAAACUACAAGUCUUAACCACAGUGUAACUUACAGUUUCCUAAAAUCGUAAACCUGGCAGCUAUAGAAUACACUAUGUGCAUUUAUAAUAGCUAUUUUAUAUAUUGUAGUGUCAACAUUUUUAAAUUAAAUGUUUUACAUUCA